GCUCCUCUCGCUCUUCAUUCGACGUCUAGCAAAACGAGUUGCAGUUCCACCCGAAAAAAGCCAUAUUUGGCCGUAUCUAAACCACAAUGAGAACCACUAGCUCAAAUACCCAAGCGGAGGGCUCAAAUUCGGAAUCCAAUCUCAAGCGCCAACCUGAAGUUGACGAUGACAGCUCCGAUUCGGCGGCAAAGAAACCCAAAACCCAAACUCCAGUUCAAGAAGAAUCAGAAAAGGGAGAAAAGUCUUUGGAUAUAGAAGCUGACGUGGCAGAGGAUAAAGGGUCGAGGCACACCAUGGAAGAUGCUUGGGUUAUCAUGCUCGAUGCUACCCUAGAUUCUCCUGGAAAAUUAAGAUGUGGGCACUUUGCAAUAUACGAUGGGCAUGGAGGGCGGUUAGCGGCGGAGUAUGCUCAGAGGCAUUUGCACGCUAAUGUUGUUUCUGCUGGCUUACCACGUGAGUUGUUAGACGUGAAGGCUGCCAAAAGAGCUAUUCUUGAUGGUUUCCGGAAAACUGAUGAGGAUCUACUUAAAGAAAGUUCUUCAGGGGGAUGGCAAGAUGGUGCUACAGCUGUUUGUGUGUGGGUGAUUGAAAAAAUGGUUUUCAUUGCAAAUAUUGGGGAUGCAAAAGCAGUAGUAGCAAGAUCCAUUGACGGGUCAGAUAAAGGAAGUGCAUUGAAGGCCAUUGUUUUGACCAGGGAGCAUAAAGCCAUAUAUCCACAAGAACGUGCUCGCAUUCAGAAGGCUGGUGGUACUGUGGGCUCAAACGGACGAUUACAGGGGCGUCUUGAAGUGUCUAGGGCAUUUGGAGAUCGCCAAUUCAAAAAGGUUGGUGUUGUUGCUACUCCAGAUAUUCAUUCUUUUGACAUCACAGAUAGAGAACACUUCAUUAUUCUUGGUUGUGAUGGCCUCUGGGGGGUAUUCGGACCAAGUGAUGCUGUUGAAUUUGUUCACAAGUUACUGAAGGAGGGUUUACCUGUUACAGCCGUCAGUCGCCGUCUCGUAAGGGAAGCUGUUCGUGAGAGGCGGUGUAAAGAUAACUGCACCGCGAUUGUUAUUGUCUUUAGGCGCAAGUAAUUCUGGCAUUUCAACAAUUGUAGUUUCAGGCAUGCUUUGUUAUUUCUUUUUUGAUUGCACAAACUGCAAAGAGUGUUCAUUAGCAGAUACUAUGCCCAAUCCACUCAGUUUUGCUUUUUCAUGUUAGUUGAAAUAGACUUUUUCUCUAUUCGAAUUGUAUCAAAUAUGUUACUUUGACUAUUAUUAUUACUUAUGUCUAAGAUUCGAUGCACAUCUAGACAUGGUUAUACAGA